GAAGCGUGCCCAACGAGAAGAUCGCGAUCUGGCUCAAGGACUGCCGUACACCUUUGGGAGCCUCGCUGGACGAGCAGAGCGGCAGUACACUGAAGGGUGUGCUUGUGAGAAAUGGAGGAAGUUUUGAAGAUGAUUUGUCCUUGGGAGCUGAAGCUAACCACCUCCAUGAAAAUAAUGCUCAAAUUGAAAGCUGCAAUAGUAUCUUGGCCAAAGAGAGAAGACUCCAGUUUCAUCAGAAAGGGAGAAGUAUGAAUUCCACUGGCUCUGGGAAAAGUAGUGGGACAGUCUCAAGUGUUUCAGAAUUGUUGGAACUUUAUGAGGAAGAUCCUGAAGAAAUUCUUUAUAAUCUUGGAUUUGGACGAGAUGAACCCGAUAUUGCUUCUAAAAUUCCUUCCAGAUUUUUUAAUUCAUCAUCAUUUGCCAGAGGAAUAGAUAUUAAAGUAUUUUUGAGUGCUCAAAUGCAACGGAUGGAAGUAGAGAACCCAAAUUAUGCUUUAACCAGCCGUUUUCGCCAAAUUGAAGUGCUUACUACUGUGGCCAAUGCAUUUUCUUCUUUAUACUCCCAAGUCUCGGGAACGCCCCUUCAGAGAAUUGGCAGUAUAUCCUCGGUGGCCUCUACCAAGGAGACAGAUACGCCUCCACCUUUAACACGCAGUAACACUGCAAAUCGUUUAAUAAAAACACUAUCGAAACUAAACUUAUGUGUUGAUAAAGCAGAGAAAGGAGAGGGCAGUAGUCCUUCCCCUGGAGUUGAAAAAGGAAAGAUUUUCAGUGUUUCACUAAUGGAAGAAAGUGGCAAUAAAAAUGAUCCGAAGUCUCAAAAGGUUGUGAAGAAAAAGGACUCGUCUUCUAUGUUGGCUACAGUUAAAGAAGAAGUCUCAGGCAGCUCAGGACCUGCUAAGGAGAGUGCUGACCCUGCCAGGCUUUCUGAUGAAGCAAGCAGUAAUUUUAACCAAGAAACUGACCGUGAGCAAAGGAAUGAAACUCAGAAUCAUGAGAGUAACCUGCAUGAGGAGUCUGGCAUUGUAAAGCCUGAUUUAGGGAGUGAUUUUACUGUGUCCAGCCACGGUGAGCUAGAAGACAGUAGUGACCUGAAACAUAUCCAUGUGUCCACAUCUGAAAAAGAACCUUGCGUAGCCUUGACCCUCCCCUCCAUUAGGAAUAUAAUGACCCAACAGAAGGACUCCUUUGAAAUGGAAGAGGUUCAGAGUACAGAGGGAGAAGCUCCUCAUGUUCCAGCCACUUACCAGCUAGGUCUCACCAAGUCCAAAAGAGAUCAUCUGUUACGCACUGCAAGCCAGCAUUCUGAUAGCAGUGGUUUUGCUGAGGAUUCUGCAGACUGCCUCUCCCUGAACCAUCUUCAGGUCCACGAGCCCUUGCAAGCCAUGGGGAGUAGCGCUGAUAGCUGUGACAGCGAGAUGACAGUCACAUCAUUCGGUGAAGACCUUGUUACACCAACAGCACAAGACCAGCCUUAUUUUAAUGAGUCAGAGGAGGAGUUACCAAGCCCUCUUCAGAAAGGAAGUGUGAAGGCGGCAGCAGUAGCUGACAAAGGAACGUCGGACAGCCAGGAUUUCCCUCAGUGCGGGCCUGAGGAGAGUGCGGGGCUGGAACCAUCCUCCUGUAGUCCAGGAGAUCCUGCGACUGACGCCCCGGAGGCGGAAGAGAGCUCACCUUCAGCCCAGACGGUGGAGCUGCUGAGGGACGCAGGUGGGGAAAGUGAUGUGGACAAGAGCAGCGAGUGUGAAUUUCCCCGGUACACCACACACCAUAUCCUGAAAUCACUGGCUUCGAUUGAAGCCAAAUGCAGUACCCUAAGCUCUGAGAGUACAGCUGGGCCUCCCUCUUCUGCGGACAGAGUUAACACAGCUUUGCAGAGAGCGCAGAUGAAGGUUUGCAGCCUGUCUAAUCAGAGGGUAGGGCGGAGCCUGAUCAAAUCGAAGGAUCUGUUAAAACAGAGGUACUUGCUUGCAAAAGCGGGCUACCCCCUGAGAAGGUCUCAGUCUUUACCAACGACCUUACUGAGCCCAGUCAGGGUUGUGUCCUCCGUCAACGUCCGCUUGUCUCCCGGAAAGGAGACCAGGUGCAGCCCACCCUCCUUCACCUAUAAGUACACGCCGGAAGAGCAGCAGGAAUCGGAGGAGGGGGCGCCUGCGCCUGACGGUCAGUCCUUAGUCACAUCCACCAUUUUCAUCUCUCCGCCCUCCGUGAAGAAGCACGAAGAGCCGUCCCGGAGUGAGGUGAGCCCGCUGGAGGACUGCCGUCGCGGAAGGACUCCUGCGUGUCCGCAGUUUGUUCCAGCACGGAUAUCUCAGUCCACCUGCUCCCUUCACACUCUGCACGAGUGGCCAGACAGGCCGCUGUGUGAGCACGUGAGGACGCUCAGUACCCACAGCGUCCCCAGCAUCCCGGGGGCCGCCUGCUCGGCCUUCGCCUCCCCUCUCGGCUGUCCUUACUCGCACUCACACGCUGCCUACCCCUACCGAGCAGCGAACCCUCCUUCCGCCAUAGAGAUGCAGCUGCGAAGAGUGUUGCAUCACAUUAGAAACUCGCUGCAGAACCUGUCACAGUACCCCAUGCGAGGACCUGACCUUGCUGCUGCUCCAUACAGUACCCAGAAAUCGUCUGUUCUACCUCUUUAUGAAAAUACUUUUCAGGAGCUUCAAGUAAUGAGGCGGAGCCUGAAUUUGUUUAGAACACAAAUGAUGGAUUUAGAAUUGGCAAUGCUGCGCCAGCAAAACUUGGUUUAUCACCACAUGACUGAGGAGGAAAGGUAUGAAGUUGAUCAGCUGCAGAGUUUGAGAAAUUCAGUCCGAAUGGAGCUGCAGGAGCUGGAGCUGCAGCUGGAGGAGCGCCUGCUGGACCUGGAGGAGCAGCUCCGCACCGCGCAGGUGCCUUCGCCCUUCCGCUCCUCCUCGUUGAUGGGAAUGUGUGGCAGCAGAAGUGCUGAUAACUUGUCCUGUCCUUCUCCCUUGAAUGUAAUGGAACCAGUCACUGAACUGAUGCGGGAACAGUCCUACCUGAAGUCUGAAUUGGGUCUGGGACUUGGAGAAAUGGGAUUUGAAAUUCCUCCUGGAGAAAGCUCAGAGUCGAUUUUCUCCCAAGCUACGUCAGAGUCGUCUUCUGUGUGCUCUAGUCCCUCACGUCACGCCAGCAGAAGAACUGCAGUGCCUCCCGGGCAAAGUGGGGGCAAACGCAAAGCCCAGUCAGUGGCAAGAAAGAAAGUGUUCCGGGCAUCCGUGGCCCUGACGCCAACUGCUCCCUCCAGAACAGGCUCUGUGCAGACGCCUCCAGAACUGGAAAGUUCUGAGGAAGCUGGCGUGGCUGAGGAAGGCGCGCACGUUGUAGGACCUAACUCUGACGUGGAGCGAGAGUGUGGGCAUCUCUCGGUGAUGCCAGCGGCUGAGGAAAUGCAGAGAAACGUGGAGCAGGAUGAGCUGCAGCAGGUCAUACGGGAGAUUAAAGAGUCUAUUGUUGGCGAAAUCAGACGGGAAAUUGUAAGUGGACUUCUGGCAGCAGUGUCUUCAAAUAAAGCGUCAAAUUCUAAGCAAGAUAGUCAUUAAAUGGAAUCUUUAGAUCGCCCGGGAUCCUGUUGGCUGGUUAACAUUGGAGUUAUUGGUGAUAUACACUGGUGGGGGUGAUCUGUUCUUCAGAAGCUACUUUCGGCGGAGUUGAGCUGCUGUAUACA